AUGACGAAUCUGGAUAUGCUGCUGCUCAAAGGAGCCUCUGCGAGUAAUCCAGAGGAGGGUCUCCAAGAAUUGCGCUACACAAUCUUGACCGAAGGCAUUCCCGCCAACAGCGAGGGCAUGUCCGAGCUGCGCAUAUACAUCUGGCUCAUCCUACUCAACGCGCCUCCUCUCCGCACCGACGUAUACCUCGAUCUCGUCCGUCAAGGCGCCUCUCCUGCGCACGCCAAAAUCCAAAACGAUACCUUCCGCACCUUCCAGGGAGAUCCCCUCUUCCGACGACGCGUCACUCAGAAUAGCAUUACGCGUGUGCUCAACGCGGUCGCGUGGAGGCUGAACGAUGCGCACGAAGCACGCGUCAAUGGCUGGCAGUCCCCACCAACACUAUCCGAGUUCGGCGGUAGCCCAGAUACCUCCAUGAUGUCGCGGCAUUCCCUCACUGCGGGUACGCGUACAGAGGCGUCGACUACGAACGAUGCGGAGCAGAUUGGUUACGUGCAGGGCAUGAAUGUGCUCUGUGGGCCGUUUCUGUACGCGGCGAGGAGUGAAGUCGAGGCUUUCACGGGCUUCGAACGGCUCAUUACAUACGAGUGUCCGGGCUAUGUGAGAGGAUCGAUGGAGGGUGUGCACAAAGGUCUCGCGUUGGUGGAUAGGGUGCUAGAGGUCGUCGACCCUAAGCUGUACGGCCAUCUUAUGGCACACCACAUGGAAGCCAAGAUCUACGCUUUCGCAUCCGUCCUCACCAUGUGCGCGUGCACACCCCCGUUGCCAGAGGUGCUACAGCUCUGGGACUUCCUCUUCGCAUAUGGACCUCAUCUGAACAUUCUGUGCAUUGUGGCUCAGUUGGUUCUGAUCCGUGGGGAUAUCUUGAACAGCCCGAGCCCCAAUACGAUCCUACGUAACCUGCCUGGUCUUAACGCUCAGAAGAUUGUCGCCGUGGCUAUGAGCUUCGCCGGCAAGAUACCUGAGGACAUGUACGCUGAGAUCAUCAACCACGCAAAGUGA